AUGUUCAUCAGCCAGCAGACGCUCACCAGAACGGAGCACGAGGGCCCGACGGCGGGGAUGAGGACGAAAAACAUCGAGUCCCAGACGGAAGAGUUCGAGCGGUACAUGCCGCCCUUGUCCAGCAUGCUGGCGGUGACCGCGAUAAGCUUGCCCUCGCGCAUCGUGUUCUCGCCCUCGUCGCUGUCCGAGCUGAGGGUCGACAUCAUGGUGGGCACCGCGACCAUGCCCAGCGCUUCGCCCGCCAUGGGGCCCAGGUGCGGCGCCGCGCGCGGCGUCCCGCUGGGCGACGCGGCACUGCUGGCGCCGUUCUCGCCCGCGCUCCUGCCGAUCACGCUCGGCCCAGGCGCCUUCGACCCGCUCCUCGCGGAGGGGCUGACGGCCAGGUCGUCUGGCGCGUCGAUGUCGAAGGUGUGCUCACCUUCACUGUCGCUCUGCAGUCGGUUGUUCGGCUCGUCGUCUUCCUCCGUCUCCUCGGUCCCCGGGAUGCGGAAUGGGUUGGUCUUCGCAUCGCCGUACGCCGACGUGGCCUGGGACUCGGUGCUGUCCCUGACGCUGAAACGCAUGGAUGUGCCGCGGGCGAGGGGAGUCGCAUCGCCGUACGCCGACGUGGUGUUCUGGGAGUCGGUGCUGUCCUUGAGGCUGAAAGGCAUGGCUGUGCCGUGGGCGCUGUCCAGGGUGUUUUUCCUCCCCAGCGUCGUGGUCGAGCCCCUGCCGGAGCGAUGCAUCGCGGACGUCCGCGACCUGUCAAGGCUGCUCGACGUGCCGUCACGCUUGAUCUUCUUGACCUUGUCCUUGAGCUUGGUCAGGUGCUCCUUCAGCUUGGUGUUGGUCUGCUCGACGAUGCUCAUGAUGUCCGCCCGGUUGGCGACGGUCUGGUUGCGAACCCUGACGAGCUCCUCCUCCUGUGACUUUAUUAUCUGCUGCUGA